UAAAGAAAACAGGUUGAACUUUUUAAACGUGGUUGGACUUUGCCUUGGUUAAACAUGAUUACCUCGUUUGAAUCAAUUGUUUCAUCAUGCACUAUAGCUUGUGUAGUUUAGCUUAGUCUAGAAGACCACCUUUUAAUUAGUACCAAUAAAAUGGCAUACGAAUCUUUAACUCUUAUCAUAGUUACUCACCGAAAAUACAAAAUAAACUUAAUUGAAUCACUCAACUCUUUAACUCAAAAGGUGCUAUAAUUUAAAAGACGAUAUCUGUUGUUGGGAAUAGCCGCAUACCUUUGCACCAAAAAAAAAUGUGAUUGCCGAUUACCAGACGUUAGCUGUAAAACAACCAAUAUCACCUUUAUCACUCUAAUCGCGAAUUCCCAUCGCCCCCAAACAAAGUCCCAGACCCAGUAGCUGGUAAAUGAUUAGCCAACUAAUGCGGGCGCCCGACAUCAGAACUAAAGCCGAUAAGGAUAAGUAUAAGUUUAAUGCACAGAAAGUUGACCGCCGCUGGCUACCAUAUCAUUCAGUCGUGGGAGAACCAUCGAUAGAGCAGCUGGUGGAUUAUUGAACAGUAUUGGACUGACAGUGACUUAAAAUGAAAAUCGAAUGGGCACCACUUCGGGUUCCUCUGGAACGUCGUCUUCAGAUUGUAGUGACAGCAUUUUUUACCUCCAUGCUGUUGGUGCUCCUAUCAACAUCGUUUCUACUAGUUGCUGGUUCUCUGAUCUAUGGAGGUCUUUGGCUGCGCAGCUUGAUGCUACUGUACUUGGGUUAUGUUUAUGUUCACCAUAAAAAAACCCAAUCUGUUGUGGAUAACAAUGGCUGGAUGAUAACUAGAACUAAUCGCUUGCAUCGGUACUAUCGCGAUUAUUUCCCCGUGGAGCUGGUAAAGACCGCUGAUUUGCCUGCCAACCGCAACUACAUAUUGGCCAGCUUUCCUCAUGGCAUUCUUGGUACUGGCAUUGGCAUUAACAUGGGUGUCGAGAUCUCCAAGUGGCUGGAGUUGUUCCCCCAGGUGCGCCCCAAACUGGGCACUCUGGAUCAGCAUUUUCAUGUUCCUUUCAUGCGUGAGGUCCUGCGCUGCUGGGGCUUGGUGUCGGUGUCCAAGGAGGCUCUACUUCGGAUGCUCAGCAAAUCGAAUGAUCCCAAGCACAAGGAAAACAGCGAUGGCUUCACCUCCAAUGCGGUGGCUAUUCUGGUGGGUGGUGCCCAGGAGGCGAUGGACUCGCAUCCUGGCCAGUAUAUUUUGACCCUGAAGAACCGCAAGGGUUUUGUUAAAAUGGCCAUUCGUACAGGCUCCUCUAUUGUUCCCUCCAUUUCAUUUGGCGAGGUGGACAUUUUUGAUCAAGUGGCCAAUCCCCCAGAUUCUCUGCUUCGAAAAUUCCAAAACUUGGUUAAGAAACUCACUGGCGUUUCCCCGUUGAUUCCCGUGGGUCGGGGUUUCUUUAACUACACUUUUGGAUUCUUGCCAUUCCGCCGACGAAUCGUUCAAGUUGUUGGCUCACCUAUUGAUGUGGUGAAAAGCGCUCAACCUGAUUCGGAGUACGUGGACAAAGUUCAUGGCCAGGUCAUCGAGGCCAUUAAAGUAUUAUUUGAAGAGCACAAGGACAAGUACAUUAAAAACUCCAAGAACGCUAAGCUUAUUAUACAAUGAAUGUAUAUACUUUUUAAGUAUUAAGAAUAAUGUGAUUAUUUUAUUUAAGAAAAUGUUAAACAUCAAAUGGAAAUUUUUUCUAAUAGAACUCAUAACUGAAAGCAAUACAUACUAAAUUUUGUAUAAAACUUUA